GGGGCUCUAUCUGGUCUUCCGUGACUCAUUUUGACAAAUAACUGGGGGGACAAGGCGUGACGGAGUGUGUGUGUUUUCAUUCGGCAGCAUCCAGCUGUCUGGAGGUAACUCUGCCCUUUGCUGGUAGCUGCUUCCCUCCACCGGCCUGCGGUCUCCUUCUGCCCGCUGGAACGUCACCGCAGCGCGGCCGAGCGGCGCGCUUCACCCGGCAUCAGCGGCGGAGCCCCGAAAUAAGGAGUUUACAAAGCCGGAAGUGGACAAACCUCAGCGCCAUGCCGAAUGAACGCUCCCCUCUGAUCACCUCUGGGGUGUGCGGACUGACCCUGACCACAGCAUGCGGCACAGCGUCAGACUCCCCCCAGGAACCCAACGCCGGGAAACCGGCUCAGGACCCGCGGAGGCUGAACACCUUCUUUGGGGUGAUGGUCCCGACCAUCCUCUCCAUGUUCAGCAUCAUAUUGUUUCUGAGAACAGGGUUUGUGGUGGGUCAUGCAGGGUUGCUGCAGGGUCUUUUGAUGUUGGUGGUUGCCUACACCAUCAUAUCUCUCACAGUGCUCUCAAUCUGUGCCAUUUCAACUAACGGAGCUAUUCAGGGCGGCGGAGCUUAUUAUAUGAUCAGUCGCUCUCUGGGACCUGAGUUUGGAGGGAGCAUCGGUUUGAUGUUCUUUUUUGCCAAAGUAUUUGCAUGUGGAGAGUACGUCCUGGGUCUUGUGGAGGCCAUUCUAGAUGUAUUUGGAGCAGAUCCUGAGUCCUCUGUGUCUGAAGGGUGGCGGGUGCUCCCUCAGGGUUACUGGUACACCGUUCUGUACUCCUCUGUGGUCCUCCUGCUGUGUCUCCUCGUGUGCCUGGUGGGCGCCCACAUUUACUCUCGCACGGCCUUCGCCAUCCUGCUGGUGGUCACCGUGUCGCUGUUGUCCGUCUUCAUCAGCACCGUGGCGGUGAAAGCGAAAGACUUCGUCAUUGUCCACAAGGGGCCGGGUAACCAGACGCUCCGCUACAACGCCAGCUACACAGGUUUCAGCGCCACUACGUUGAGGAACAACCUGGGCUCUGGUUACUCUUUGGACUACAGCACCAACUCCGUCAUGUCGUUUGCCACGGUGUUUGCAGUCAUGUUCACCAGCUGCACCGGGAUCAUGGCUGGAGCCAAUAUGUCAGGUUACAGCUCGUCAUCUUUUACUUUUCAUAUGUGGAAAAUACAGCAAAUCAAAAAUGCUUUUCAAACUACAUUGCGAUUGUACUUUGUUUUUCCCUUAUAUUAACCACAAGCAGGUAGAUGUUUCUUUGCUUUCAUGACCUUGAAAGCUUUAUUGUCCAGUCUUCUGUCCCAAGUAUUCACUGUUAUUGAAUGGAAAAGUAUUUACCUCUACACAAAUGCAUGAUUUUAUGCACUAGCUGCAACCCUCUAUCCUUCUGUAAGGCGGCAGAACACUUUGAGCAUAUUGCCGCCAUCUAUAGGGCCAAAGUGAGA